CUGUUUCUGAGGAAGUUUUGCUUGCUUUAGUUUUCAGUAAAUUGCUGUGUUAGAAGAAGAGCAGCUACAUUAGUGGUGACGGUCGAGAAUACAUUGUUUAACAGCAGUGCUAAGAAUGCUGAUGAGUAAAUGUGAAUUAUGGCUGGUUAUGGAAACGAGAAUGAUCAUGAUUCACACGAUGCACGAGUAGAUUUCGAAAAUAUUCUUCAAGGUAUUCUGGAAAAAGCAAACGCUGGAGAUAGCUUAUCUGGUAGUCAGUCUGGUAAUGAUGACGACAAGGAUUCCGAAACCAGCGAAACACCCACAAGGUUGAGAAUGGUUCUCCCUGCUUCUGCUGGGACACCUCCAAAGCCUUCUACACCUUCAAAGAGAAAACGAAGAAAAAGAGAAGAUUAUAAAGAGGAAAAAACCAAAACAAGUUCUUUUAUUAUAAAGCUGUUUGACCGAAGUGUGGACUUGGUAAACUUCACUGAGGAUACUCCACUAUACCCAAUAUGUCGUGCAUGGAUGGAUAACGACCCAACAAAUAAAAUAAACAAACAAACAAUGGAAUCUCAGUUUUCAUCACAAGAGGAUAUUGCUACCAGCAAUAGCGAAGAUGAGGAAGAAACGAUCAUCACCUCCCUCCCUCCUCCCAAUGUUCCUUUCAAUAACAUCGGGGAGGAUGGAAAAUAUCAAAGUCCUAGAAUACCUCAACCUGAACCUCAGCCUAAUGACAGCAUUGAAAAUUACCUUCACAAGAACUCCGUCACGCCACCUGCCGACCAAUUACUUCUUGACCAUUUACAACAUUGGCGAAACGUACGCAACAACUGGAAGCAAAAAUCUUCUGAAAACGACGCGCGAUACCAAGACGGCAUGAAUUUAUUGAGCGAUAUGUUUAACCGACACGCUGUGUACAACACAUCAGUGAGUCAGUGAGAACAAGCGAUCUCCAAAGUCAUUCCAGCAUAUAUUAUAAACGCUUCUGUUUUUCUAACUAAAAAAACUUUGCUUUUAGUUAUAUACCGAUGCGAUUCUGUAAUAAAAUACUUAGAGCGAAAUAUCUUAAUAUAAUUUAAAGUAAUAAUGUAGGAGUGCCGACUGUUUGACGUUAAUUAUUGUCAUCUACGAAUUGUGGUUUAACAGAUCCCAACACCUUGUACUUAUUUCCCCUUUAGCGACGCGUUGAUGGAUACACAGAUUGUUGCUGUAUCCUCUGCUCUAUUUGGAUUAUAUAACGAUGCUAGUUAGAUUUUAUCUGUUUUAAAAUGUCAGGCUUUUAGACAAGCGCUAAACUGUCUGGAUAAACAGACAAACAACGAAUGCAUGUAUAGUAGGGUAGAAAAAGAAGGGACAUGUUUUUAAUCUAUUUUCUCGUAUCAUUUGGUAGUAAACAAAGAAUAUUCAAAGAAUAAUAAAACCGUGUCCUUACCACUCCCAUAUACCGUUGUUAAUUUUUUCUAACACAAUCAGUAUAUUAUGUGCUAAAGGAGUCUCAUCUUAUUCCACAAUACUGUAUAGAUUAUUGCAUUUCGUGAAACUGCUUCUCUAUUUGAACGUUAAGUUAAAUUUUAUAAUCGAAAUGUUAUCUGAAUAAACAGAAAAGUUAUCUGAAUAAACAGGAAAAAGUGAAA